UCGAGACUGAGCUUUGUCUCAGAAUGAGAAACCGAUAAACGGAUCGAAGUUUCUCUUCCGGUGUGCUGCUCCCCCCGUACCCUUUCACCCUUCGAAAACUGAAUGUUCGAGCGUUAAUCCGAGUAAACGGAUCAGGCCACGCGGAUUCGAAUCGAUGCCUUGGAAAACCUCCUUAGGCCAAGUCCAAUUAAGUCUUCGAACAUUGGUACAAAAAGGUCGAUCGAGGAGAGACCACCGAUAUCCUUAGGUAUCGUUUCCAAGACUAGAUUGCUAAACUUCGUUAACUCAAAACUCUGCUUUCCUUCGUGGAGAAUCAUCCUCCCUUCACAUCGACGAAGGCUGAAACUUGGUCGUUUCGAGGGAACCAAAGUUCAAACUAAAAUUGCUUAUUGUCUCCGUUAUUCGUUCCAUUUUCCCGAUUCGUCGUGAAAUCUUUUCGGCUGAAUCUCGUCGACGAAUAUUCCAAGUUCCUUCGUCAGAAUCCUUAUUUCCUCUGUCCGCGUUCCGUCUCGAUGAAACGAGUGUGUCAUAAUCGAUUCGACGUUGUUCAAGGAAGGACCAAACUCGAGGAAAGACUCGGAGGAAGAAGAAAAAGAAGGAAAAUCGAUCCUGAAGAAACUUGCUUCUCCCGAGGUGCUUCCUGUGUACUCCUUUUCGAAGUUCAGUUUCCUAUCGAGUUACGUUCGUGAAUUAUUGACCGCAGGGUGUUAAAUACGAUCACAUGGAUGUAUAUUACGGUAGCGGUAGGGUCAACGUGUUAAUUAAGGAUCAUACAUUCGCGGUGGUGACUGCAGUGUUAGCGUUCUCUGUGCUAAGUAAAUAUCCAUUCGAAUUGUACGGUAUCCACGCUCACGAUUAGCCCGGACUGAAUUAUUUUCCGGGAUUAAUUGUGCGUACUUAAUUUGAACCUUGGCUGAAACGAUAAAUCUGCCGACGCUGGAUCCACCUCCUGGGGUUAGGUUCAUGCUGAACAGAAUCUGCAGGAUUCGAAUACCAGAUCAGCAAGAAGACAGUGUCGUCCGCCUAAGCCUGCCUAAUGUAACCACCUUGGAAAGCUAAGAUCGACGGGGCUAUGAAUAUCGAUUAACCCGGCCGGUAGAUGUCGUAGAAUCUUGGUUAGAAAUCGGCCGAUUUGCGGUUCCCGCGGGAAGAUGAGAGGCCGGACGGGAAUCGGUCGGAAGAAACGCGGCGUCGACGGAUCGGCGACCUGACGAGAAGCUGGGAACGAUCGAAGGGGACGAUUAAAGGUUCGUUGGUGGAAAAAAUGAACGAAAGCGCGGUCUAUCUGCUCGGAUCGGAAGAAGAGGCAAUCGUACCGAGCAAUCAUUUGAACAGAAGCUUCUACAACGCGGUAUAUCCGGCACAGAAUCGUACCUACGAGGAUCUGUGGAACUUGGCAACGGACAGAGCCGGUCUGGCGAUACUCUUGUUCCUGUUCUCGGUAGCCACUGUGUUUGGUAACAUGCUGGUGAUCCUAGCUGUGGUCAGAGAGAGAUAUCUUCACACGGCGACAAAUUACUUCGUCACGUCGUUGGCGUUCGCCGAUUGUCUAGUCGGAUUGGUAGUGAUGCCGUUCAGCGCGAUUUACGAGGUCCUGGAGAAUCGUUGGUUGUUCACGACCGAUUGGUGCGACGUAUGGAGAUCGUUGGACGUUCUAUUCUCGACCGCCUCGAUCCUAAAUCUCUGCGUGAUCAGUUUGGAUCGUUAUUGGGCGAUCACAGAUCCGUUCACUUAUCCAAGUAGAAUGAGCCGUAAAAGAGCGGCUAUAUUGAUCGCGAUCGUAUGGAUCUGUUCGAGCGCGAUCUCCUUUCCAGCGAUCGCUUGGUGGCGCGCGGUCAGAACCGAAGAGGUGCCGGAGGACAAAUGCCCGUUCACCGAACACUUGGGCUACUUGAUCUUCUCCUCGACCAUCAGUUUCUAUUUGCCUCUGUUCGUGAUGGUUUUCACCUACUACAAGAUCUACAGAGCGGCUGUGUUCCAGACCAAGAGCCUGAAGCUAGGCACCAAACAGGUGAUAAUGGCGUCCGGUGAACUGGAGCUUACUCUGAGGAUACAUCGAGGAGGCGGUACGAACACGGAUGCCAGGCAUCUGUUCCGUACUGCCUCGAGCACACCGGAGGAUCUACAAGAUCUCGAGGAGCCUCUCACAGCCAUGCACAAUAACUGUCUGACCCGGGUGCCGUCCACGAGGAUAACCAAACAACAUCUGGGGAAGAACUUCUCGUUGUCGCGGAAACUGGCGAAAUUCGCGAAGGAGAAGAAAGCCGCCAAGACGCUGGGCAUCGUGAUGGGCGUUUUCAUCAUAUGUUGGCUACCGUUCUUCGUGGUGAAUCUGUGGUCAGGAUUCUGCUCCCAGUGUAUAUGGCAAGAGGAGAUCGUGUUCGCGGCUGUUACGUGGCUCGGAUGGAUCAACAGCGGAAUGAAUCCGGUGAUUUACGCUUGUUGGAGCAGAGAUUUUCGAAGAGCUUUCGUGAGAAUCUUGUGCGCCUGCUGUCCCAGACGGAUGAGACGGCGAUAUCAGCCCGCAUUCAGAUGUAAACCAAGUCAAUACGUUUCCGGAGCGAAUACCGGCGGCCAGGCGAGCAGCGUCAGCUACAGCAGCGUCAGUCAGAGUAGCGACGGUGGAGUCGCGACUGGACUACCCAGCGGAGGGAUGUGACGUCACACGGGGGCCCGACCCGGGCCUCGUCGCGAACGCGCGAUCCGUUUCCGGGAUACGUGAUUGUAGACUAAUUUUCGAUUUAAACCUGGAUUAAGCUCCUACGAACGGUUCAGGUCGAGAAGGCAGGAAGAAACUAAAUGGAAUCCCGAAGCGACAACAGCUCACCGGUCCCCCCCCCCCCCCCCCUCUUCCUUCUAAUCAAAGGACAAACCGAGAGCUCGUGCGGAGACAUCACGAAAUCACCCUUACGUAUUUAUUAUCCUAUCGUCGAGUUUUACGUGACGAAAAGUGGACCAUGAGGCAGCGUGACGAGAAACACGCUAUACCCUUGUUUCGCUCGUUGUAUAUGUAUAUAGAAGCAACAUAGUUUCGCGUUUUGUACCUCCGACGAGAAAAGGAUCUAGGGAAUCGAAUUGCGGACGACGGCGCCGUAAAUCGAGCCAAAUCGGUCGUUUCUGUUUUUACGUUCGGAUAUCUUCGACACUUUGUAGCCUCUUAGCUAACAACCAUAAAUCGUUCCAUCGACAGAUGCAACAUCGGUGCAGCAAGAAACAUCGCGGCGAUUUUUGCGUACGUUGCACGUCAUUUAUCUUUUUUCUUGUUUUCUUUUUUUCUUUGCUCCUAUACGUCCCGUUCCUAAGGGAGUCGAGUGUGGUGAAAAGACUGACAAUCGAAAGCCGUCGAACGAAAUUGAUCGCCGUAGUCGUUCCCCGUGCAUAUUUACGACAAGACUAAUGUAGCGUGAAACAAGUACCAAGGCCGAUGUAACUUAAUCAACGGAUGCAAUAACAAGGUCGUAGACUAGGUAAUAUUAAACAACAUUAUUUCGAAAUAAUUGACGGUGGUUGAUUGUUUGCUGUCGCAAGUUCAAUUUCGAACGCGUUGUUUCAAAUCAUUGAACGUUUCAACGUUUAACCUACUGCUUGUUUACGAAUCAAUUCCGUUCGAUUACCGUGAUAGACAAUCUUUAUUCGAUCAAGAAAUAAUACUUCCUCGUCUACUUGAUAGAUGGCGCUGAAUAUUUUUGCGAUAUUGUAUUAUUUUUAUGAAAGUUAACACAUGCAUCUAUCGGUGUAUAUACAACAUUGCCAUGUAAUUGUAAAUAUUAGAAUAUCGUAAAGUUAACUAUUUAAAACGUAUAAAUGUAUGAAACAUUGUAAAAAUGCGCGUGCUCAACAGAAAUACACGCACAUGCUUGUUCGAGUAAAAAUAAAUUCAGUAUUAUUACGUAUUGAUUCUAUCCUGUCGUAUUAAAGCGUCAUACUAAAAAUUAUAAAAUAAAUGUGAAAAAAAAUCUAUCGAUGAUUCAGUUUCGAUUCUGAAUUCGCUUAUUUUUAGCUGCGUUACAUUUAUUCUUUACGCGUAAGACUAAACAUAAGCAGAAUCAUGGGAAAAAAAGAAUGGAAAAAUGUCUGAUAUCGAAAUGAAUGAUUCACUUACCGUGGCU